AUGAGCGUCGACGCAUCGAAGGAAUACACCCUGACACAGGAAUCACCCACCGACUCGGAGAAGGCUGUGCCUUUUAACAAACACACUCCAGGGGAUGGAUAUGUGCCUGAAACCCUCCGGGAAAGGGACUUCCUCACCCGCAAUGGCCUCAACCUGGCAAGUUUCCGGAGACGGGACUGGGGCACAGGUGAGGACGAGCUUGAUCGCUCCAUGAAGUCGCGGCACCUGAAUAUGAUCGCCAUCGGAGGGUCGAUCGGUGCUGGUUUCUUCGUGGGCUCUGGAGGAGCAUUGACGCGAGGCGGCCCGGCUGCUCUCCUCAUCUGUUUUCUCAUCACCGGAAUCAUGAUCUUCAACGUCGUCUAUGCCCUCGGAGAGCUGGCCGUCAUGUAUCCCAUCAGCGGAGGUUUCUACACGUACUCGGUUCGCUUCAUUGACCCUUCAUGGGGCUUUGCGAUGGGUUGGAAUUACGUCUUCCAAUGGGUCAUUGUCCUACCGCUCGAACUGACUGUCUGCUCCUUUACCGUCCAGUAUUGGAACAAAGACAUAAGUGUUGCCGUCUGGAUCAGCAUAUUCUGGGGCUUCAUCAUCUUUAUCAACAUCUUCGGCACCCUGGGCUAUGCCGAAGAGGAGUUCUGGUCUUCCCUCUUCAAACUCCUGGCAACUGUCAUCUUCAUGGUGGUUGCAGUCGUCCUCAUUUGCGGCGGUGGACCCUCGAGCGGCAUCUAUGACGAGUACUGGGGUGCUCGGCUGUGGUACAACCCUGGUGCUUUUCAGAACGGUUUCCGUGGCUUUUGUUCCGUGUUUGUGACAGCCGCCUUCGCCUUCGCAGGCACCGAGCUCGUGGGUCUUGCUGCCGCCGAGUCCCGCAACCCCAGCAAGUCACUUCCGAGCGCCAUCAAACAGGUCUUCUGGCGUAUCACUCUGUUCUACAUUCUCGGCCUCACUUUCGUCGGCCUCUUGGUUAGUUCUACUGACGAUCGUCUUCUGAAUGCGGCGAACCCGUACGCGGACGGCACGUCGCCUUUCGUGCUUGCGCCGCUCGAUGCCGGCCUCAUCGGCUAUGACAGUUUCAUGAACGUGGUCAUCCUCGUCUCGGUCGUGUCGAUCGGUGUUUCCAGCGUCUAUGGCGGUUCACGCACCCUGACCGCCCUCGCUCAGCAGGGUUAUGCGCCCAAGAUCUUCGCCUACAUCGAUCGAUCGGGCCGGCCGUUGCCCUCAGUGGUGCUCAACCUGGCCUUUGGCGGGCUGGCUUACAUUGUGCUGGCAUCGUCCGGGAGUAUCGUCUUCGAUUGGCUGCUCGCAUUGUCGGGUCUCGCUGCACUAUUCACCUGGGGUUCUAUCUGCGUGGCACAUAUCCGGUUCCGAGCAGCAUGGGCCCGCGCUGGACGCACCCUGGACGAGAUCCCCUUCAAGGCCAUUGGCGGCGUGAAGGGAUCAUAUUUGGGCCUUUUCCUCGUCUGCGUCGCGCUGGCGGCACAAUUCUUUGUCGCCAUUGCCCCACCGUUCACGACCAAAUUAGCCACGGCCGAGGACUUCUUCAAGGCAUAUCUGGCCCUCCCUGUAGUGCUGUUUUUCUGGGCUGUCGGAUACCUCUGGAAACGGAAGGGCUUCCUCCGCCUAGACCAGAUCGACCUAGACACGGGUCGUCGUGAUCACGACUGGGAGACAAUCCACGCGUACAGGGCCAGAGUGGCUACUUGGCCUUGGUGGAGGAAGGCACUCAGUGCCAUUUUCUGA